UUUAUUGGUAGUUUGCAUUUGACACUCGAGCCGUGCUGUUCUCCUCAGUUGCCAACUCAAAACUUGUGGAAUACUUUCAUCUUGUGAUCCUUAAAGCGUAUCCUUACAACACAGACACACACACAUAAAUACAAGAUGCGUCUGCUUAGUCUGUUCAUGUUGUUGUCGCUAUGUGUUUGUGCCACAUUUAGGCCAGGAAAUGCCCUUGAAUGUUACGAAUGUAUUGGCAGCGAGUGCGAUGAUCUGGAGAGUGUGGAAAUAGUUAGUUGCAAUUUGGAUGAUGAUAUCAGCACAACAACAACCACCGAAGACACCACGACAACCGACGAUUCAACGAGUUCAUCGUCAACCGAGUCUUCAUCAACCUCAUCAAGUCAAUCAACUCCAUCAGAACCCACAACGGGGACUACAGAGUCGACAGAAACAACACCAGAGUCAACAGAAACAACCCCAGAGUCAACAGAAACAACUCUAGAAACGACAGAAACAACUCCAGAAUCAACAGAAACCACGCCGGAGUCAACAGAUACAACUUUCGAGACCACAGAAACAACUCCAGAGUCGACUGAUACCACUCCAGAAUCGACAGAAACCACUCCAGAAUCGACAGAGUCUACAACUGAUUCGACUACUUCCGAAUCGACAGAUUCUUCAUCUACCUCCACAGUUGAUGAGUCUACCAAUACUUCGACAGACUCGACAUCGGAUUCUUCCACUUCGGAAUCUUCUACUUCGGAAUCUUCUACAUCGGAUUCCUCCACUUCGGAAUCUUCUACGUCGGAAUCUUCGACUUCGGAAUCUUCUACGUCGGAAUCUUCGACUUCGGAUUCCUCGACGUCCGAUGCUUCUUCCUCAACGACAACAAGUGAAGAGCCAACCACAGAUUCAACGGCGACAAGUGAAAACUCCUCUAGCUCAUCAGUACCAACAACGGAACAAACAGAAACCUCAACAGGGGCUGGAGCUUCCUCACCCUCUACCUCCUCAGAAUCAACAACUGAAAACACUUCUUUGCCAAGCGAAGAUACAUCGAGCGCUUCCACAGAUUCCACUGCAUCCGACUCAACCGCAACAGCAACCGAUAGUUCAUCCGACACUACAAGCGUUGCCACAGAAUCCCCCGCAACUUCAGAUUCGACAACAACAGAGGAAUCCUCAAGCAGCGCAACUACCUCUGCAGACACAAGGGCUAUUGUUGAAGGAGUGCGCUCUGGCCGAGCUCGUCGAUCUCUCGAGGCGCUGGCAGUGGACAAGCUAUUGCGCAAUUAUCGUUCCGUUGGACGCGACGUUCAAUAUAGGACAACGGCUUGCUAUACCAUUAUGGUGAAUGGAGAGAUUCAACGUGGCUGCAUUAAGAUACCUGUGGGCCAAGGCGGUUGCCAGGCCAUACGUGAAAAAGUCGGACUGCCGGAGGACUCCAUUGGAGAUCUGUGCGAUGCCUGUCUCACUGACCGUUGCAAUGGCAGCGCCACUCUGAAAGUAUCGUUUGCUUCAUUGAUCCUCCUGCUGGGCCUAGGAUUGAGGAACCUUUUCUAAUUUAUGUUAAUACUUAUUAUAUAAAUAUAUAAGCUUAGCUCCACUAAGUUUUGCAUGUGCUAUUACAAUUAAACAUAACCAAGAAAACUACA